GACUGCUACAUGUACAUUUUGUGAUCGACAGCAACUGACAGAUAAUUCCCCGAAAGCUUUCUGCAAAUGUUCCUAGAUGUAUACGUUUUGUGUGCUCCUGACACAACGGGCUACUUUUGAAUAUGAUUUUGUAAGGUUGUAUAGAAAACUAAGUUUUAUUCACACUGUAUGCGAGCAAUUAUAUCUUGUUAUUUAAUAAACAUCAAUAUGUGUUACAAAAAUUGUAAAUAGACUGCCUGUUUUUAGUUUUUUCUCUAUAUUACCAAAAUGUUCGGCUAUUCAACGCCUCUUUAGACUUUUAUGAGUAAGUUUGUAUGGAAUCAUUUAAUCGAAGAACAUAACAUCUCGGAUCCUUGAAUGACCAGGGUAUUUUCUCAGGUUUUCCCCAUUUCUGGGGGAACUGAUUUAGUGUCAGCUUGUUAAACUUAAUAUGGCUAUUUAGCUCACUUUGAUCUGCUUUCAGGUUCUGGGAUGGAAUGAAGCGAAUCGAUCUCUGGAUAAAGUGUUCUCUGCAAUUUCUGAAUAAACGUCAGAAAAUUUUGUCGAUGAUUCUGUCAUGAAGAGAGAACUUCGAACACUCCUUUUUGGACUGGUGUAUGCUAUUUUUGUUGAAGCAAAAAUUAGAAAUGGACAAAAAUCGCGAUUAAGAAACCAAGGUUCGUGUCAGUUGGAGGUUACUUGUGAUGGGGGGGUGAGCCUCCCACUUCGACUUCCCAUGAGAGGCCCGAGGGGUCCCCCUGGUGCCCCCGGAGUUAAAGGGGACAGGGGCGAGAAAGGAGAAAGGGGCGAACCAGGGGUGCCCGGAAAGUCAGGUAAUGUCAUGUCAGAAAAGAGAGAACGUCUAGAGAGGGUAGCUUUUUUCACUGGUCUUAAUGAUAAUAUAAAUGGGCUACAAGCUGACGAGGAUGCCAGGUUUGACAGUGUGAUUACAAACAUUGGCGGCUGUUAUAACUCGGAGACUGGUCGGUUCCGGGCACCAGUUGACGGAGUGUACCAGUUUAAUAUCGCAGUAGCAGCACAGGGAAAGCACAAGGCAGCUGUGGAUCUGGUGACGUCACAUCCUCUAUUAUUACCACUAAACAGAACACAGCCAGUGCCACUGGUACUGAAGCUAGGGAAAGACUCGACACAACUUCCGCGGGAACAAAUGAUUAUGAGAGUGUGGGCGGAGAGUCUACCACUGUGGUCAACAGCAACCAACACCGCCAUAUUGAGUUUGCGCCGAGGGCAACAAGUCUGGCUGCGCAUACUCAAACGAGCCUCCUUUCUCCAUGGUUAUAUGUAUUCUUCUUUCUCUGGGACUUUGUUAUUUUCAACUGAGGUGUAAAUCAGAUAUUGCAUAUUUAUCAUGCAAUUACAUUCUAGAUAUUUUAAAAUGUACGAUUUAAGUUUUUCUUAGUUCUUUUUUCAUUUUAAUUCAAAGGCAUGGCAUCUUAUUUCAUUCGUUUGUCAUACAAUUUAUGUUAGUUGACCUAAUUGUCUAUAGUCAA